AUGUCGGUUACUGUAGACGGGCUCGCGUCGCUCUUCCAUGGAUGUCGGAAGCUAAGGGAACUCCGACUGCUGACCACCAACGGCCUCCCGCAUCUCCCGGCGUCCCUCUCGCUGCUCACAGAUCUCCAAACCCUCCACGUGUGCUUGCAUCGUUGUGAUCGCGAAGUCUCGUUACAAGAGCUCGUUUCGCCGCCCGAGAGCAUCGGCGCGCUGCAGCAGCUGCGGGAAUUGCGGAUCAGCGCGGGAACGAAUUUCCGCGGUCUCGACGAGUGCGUGGGCCUUCUGAGAAACCUCCGCACGCUUAGCAUUAGUAGUGGGCCCUAUUCGGAAAAUGUCGCUGAGCUUCCUGAAGCAAUCGGCGACUUGGCUCUGCUGGAAACCAUGGAAAUCGAUCUGGGUGGGCUAGAGAGCGUCCCGGAAUCUUUCCAACUGCUGACCGGACUGAAAACCCUCUCGCUCCAAUCCAUACGUCUGCAAAUCCUGCCAGGAGAUGUUAUAUCGGCGCUGACUCAGCUACAGCAUCUUUCCAUCAACGGCUGUGAUUCCCUCGAGAUCCUCCCAGAAAGCAUCUGCUUCCUCCCCCUCUCCUCACUCUCCAUCUCCUCCUCCUCCUCCCUGACCUCCCUCCCACACCACAUCGGCGCCUUAUCCCAUCUGGAAACCCUACAGCUCCUCGACCUUCAUAAUGUCUGGGCUUUGCCCGAAAGCCUGGGUAAUUUACCCCGGUUGAAAACACUCGAGCUGGGACUGCCCGCGCUGGAGCAUCUGCCCGAGGGAUUUUGUGUCGGCAGCCUGCCAGCAUGCCUGGAAAAGCUGAGCCUGACGGGGUGCGAGCAGCUUAAGGAGCUUCCUCCCUCUCUGUACACUCUGACUCGCUUAGAAUCACUCCACAUCGAAUCAUGCUCCCUUAUAGAGUCUCUGAAGCCGCUGACCCAACCACCCCUCCCUGAAUGGUGUGAGCGUGAGUCAAAACCGUUCAGGCUGGCUGAAAGGGUGACCACUGGUGCAGUCUGCACUGCUGAAGUUUUUGCCUUGAUGCUGCUGAUCUCCGUACCGCUCCACACCAUGCAAGAGCUCAUAGCACCGUUCUUUGCCGCACACGACAUCCGACUUCCGGUGAUGCUUGUCCCUGCUACCGUGCUCGUUUUUGCUGCCGCAAGAAGCAAAAACACCUUUGCCGUCGUUUGGUCGCUGAUUCUUCUCGUGGUGGUGCUCCUGAUCGCUCUGGUUCCCCGUGCUUGGCUCUAUCCUGCCAUGCUGCUUGCUGCAGCACUGCUGGUGUCCACCUUCCUAUGUGUCUCUGCUUGUAUCUCGGCCUAUCUCUCUGCCUCUGUACCUGCACCAAAUAUCACCGAACAACACCCGGGCCUAAUGUCCCUCACCGAAUUAAAAGUUUCCAACUGCCCGCUCAUCUCUUCCCUCCCAGAAAACUUCUCCUUCCCUGCCCUUCACACGCUCACCCUACACUCCAUGGGCAACCUGAAUGUUCUCCGGGACUUGUCCAACAAGCAACUGCCCAAAUUGCGACAUCUGGAUUUGAAGGGGGUGGGCAGGGUGUCAGACGUGGCAUUUCUUAUUGACUGCUUUCCUGGUGUGCGUGCGAAGAGAAUGAUGCUACUGGUGCAUGCCUUUCCUCUGUUUGUGCUUCUGGUGUGGCUGGAUUUACUGCUGGUGUGUUUGUGCUUUCCUUUGUUCUUGAUAUGGAAGGGCUGUUCAGCGCUGCAGGGUGCAUACAAUCGGUUGGCGGGUCUUGCACGGCAACUUUUGAGACGUCUCAAUUGUCUGCUGCGGCUGGCUUUGUUGUGGAUAUGGAAGGGCUUUACAGUGCUGCAGGGUGUCUGCACGUGGUCGGCUGGCCUUGCACAGCAAGCGUGCAGGUUAGCGUACGGGCGGUAUGUGUGGAGGUGGAAGAAAACAUCCCACUUGUAA